UUUCAAGUAUCGAGAAUAAGAAAGCUAAAAUCAACAACUCAUCAAGCUGAUAAUGUCGCAGACACUAUGGAGCAAAAAUGCAUAGAGAUCAAUCAACAUCGACUUUGUGAACUUCCAUCAAUCAGUCGCUUUAAUUACUUUGUUAAAAUGGAUUACUUCGAAGAAGAGUCAACCACAAACUUAUAUUUCGAAGAUGAAAGAGUGACACAUUCUACAGCUCUUCGUCUCUACGACAUUUUCAUUCCUCUCUUCGGGGUGUUUAUAAUUUUAUUUAAUUUAUUGGUUGUCAUAUCAAGCGGAUUACUGCUGAAGAAACGUCAAGAACCACGUACCACAUACUUUUUCCUGGGAAAUGUCGGCUUAUCGGAUCUCCUAACCGGUUUUGCUGUUCUUUUUGGACAUCUUUAUCCAAGGGAACGUCGAAGUGAUGUUCAAUGCGCUGUCCACAUGGGGAUGAUUGUUUCGUCGACGCUCGUUUCAAUUUUAUCAGUUGUGUUUGUAGCAAUUGACAGAUUUCUUUAUAUAUUGCAUGGUAUGAGAUACCAGCAAUAUAUCUUCCCGAAUCGUGCCAGGAUUUUGAUUGUGACAACAUGGAUUUUUGGUGUUAUCGUCGGUUUCCUUCCGGCAAUGGUUCCGUUUCUACGUGGAGGAAUGAGUCAUUCACAAUGUUGGUUCAUUCUAUUGAAUCCUGAAAAAGUUAGCGAGCUUAGAAAGGCAACAAGUGCUUCGGGUACACAAGCGGCAAAUAAUCUUCGAUAUUUUCGAGGCAGUGCAGUAAAUUUAAAUCAAUUACAUCUACAAGAAACAUCAGUGCCAUUACGCAAUGAAACGGCGAAAGAUUCAGGAUGUUGUUGUUGGAAAAAAUCUUCUUCAGAUGAUGUAACAAUGCCAAAUAAUCAGCGAACACAAAAUAAACAGCCUAGCAAGUGGAAGGCGAUAAAGAUUGUAAUGUUGACAACAGGCGCAUUUUUAAUCACUUGGGUGCCCUAUUUCGUUGCUGCAACGAUGUUUGUUUAUUGUGACAUGAAAAGCCAUCCAGAGUUUUGUAAUUCAUUGAAAGUGUGGGUGGCAUCUCCACUUGCUAUCCUCGGCUUUUUCAAUUCCCUUUUGAAUCCUUUAAUCUACGCAUGGUGGCAUACUGGAUUUAGAACUAAUUCCCUUCGUAUUUUCUCAAAACGAUUUGCAUGUUGUCGUCAAUGCUUGGAUAAGCCAAGAGAAAGCACAGGAUCACCAAGAACUACAAACUUAUCGUCGACAACAAAUUUAUCUUCAUCAUCGCAAAUUGCGACUUCCUCGACUGUAAAUUUUAAUAAUAUUGAAACGACAACGUCAACUAAUGGGACUGAUUUUCAAGUAAAUCGCAUCAACUGA